CUGUAUUGAUGUAAUUCAAGCACUAAAUCAUAUAAAAGAAAAGGUAUCCCAAUCCUGUAAAAGGCCAUCUCAAAUAAUCCAAGAUAUAGCAAUUGAAAUAUCCGAAGAUUCUUUUUAUUAUAUGCCUAAUAAUAAGGCAUUACGUAGACAAAUUUCAUAUAUUCAGCUUAGAAAUACUCUUUCUCAACCACAAUUGCUACAAGAAAUAGAUGUUUCUGUACAAUUACAAACAACUAUGAGAAAAGAAUGCUUUUUAGCUAGAGAAAUAGAUCUCAAUAUGAAAAAAUUAUGA